AUGUACUCUGCUACUUCAACACCAGUUAGAACCCCUUCCAAAACAACAAUUUAUAACGACUCUUCCUUUUCAAGUUUGAAUCACGUUUCCAAUAUAAAUAUUAAAAACUCGAAUAACUUUGUAAUUUCGAGGGUGAACUUUAGUUAUGAAACAGUGCGACAUAAAAAUAAAUUAUUUGAAGAAGAAUUUAUUAAUUAUGUGAAUAGUGUGAGAAAUAAUUUGUCUUUAAAAAAACAACAAUGGCAAAUUACUUUUUCUGCAGAUAAAGGAACCAGGUCGCAAUUGUAUGAACAAGUCAAAUUAACUGAAAAAAAACAGAAGGAUGACCUCGCGACAAAAGAAAAAGAGAAAAGAGAUAUUAAUAAGAUUCAAUCAGAGAUUUCGGAAUUGAAACGCAAAAGAGAAACUAUAAAAGAGCAUGUCAGUAAUUGGAGGAAUCAAAUCGAGAAUCUGAAAAGAGAUAUUCAAAGGCGACGUGAAAUCAAUAUGUCAAAAAAACAAGCUUUACAAGCACAACUUUCAAAGAAUGAACCAGAAUUAAAACGAUAUGCGGAUAAAUUAGCCUUCACGAUGAUUGGAAUGAAAGAUCAUGUCUUUCAACCUUGCAGUGAUUCAUUUUUUUCACAUCUUCCAACAAUUGUUGAAAACAACAACUGGCUUGAAUUUGCCUACCAUAUUCCCUUGACAGAACAUCAAAAGCUUUACAUUCGUAACAGCUACAAAGACAUUUCUAAGAAUGCUUUAUCAAAGGCUAACCCAAAUCGUCGCAAGUAUUCCAUUAUCAGUGGAACCCUGGAAUUGGAAAAUCUGUUUCUCUUUUAUAUCUUUUGGCAAUUGGUGAAGAAAGGAAAGCACCCAACUGACAUUCCUGGAUUUCCUGUUAAUGCCUGUUGUCAUUUUGUUAACUACCCUUCAAAGGAAGAAUUGGAAGUUAUUGCAUCCUUUUAUUUAAAUGCAGCUGAGAUUUAG